GCCUGCUCAACUGUAGUGAAAGACGACGGCCGCUGCCGCUGCUGGUCGGUAUGUCCUGUGAUCGCCCAUUCAGCCAGCACUACUGAGGCUGCUGAGGCAACGAGCGAAAUUCCGCACUCGUCGGCCGAGGAAAGCUAAUACCGAGCAGCGACGGCGACCCUCGUAAGCGGACAGACCCGAUGUUGCCUUUACAUGCGGACGACAAGGAGUUCAGAGCACGGCGCGGACUACGUUUCAAGGAACGGCUCCAAGGAUGGUUCAGGUUGAUCUUCUCGGACAAGGCGUCACGCAAUCUCUUCCUCUUUCUCAUCCUCAACUUGUCCUUCGCAUUCGUCGAGCUCUUGUACGGAGUAUGGACCAACAGCCUGGGCCUGAUCUCAGAUUCAUUCCACAUGUUCUUCGAUUGCACGGCGUUGCUCGCUGGCCUGGCAGCUUCCGUCAUCACAAAGUGGCGAGCCAAUGAAAGGUUCUCCUAUGGGUACGUGCGUGCAGAAGUUCUGGCAGGUUUUGUCAAUGGCCUCUUCCUGCUCUUCAUUGCGUUCUUCAUUUUCUCCGAGGCCGUUGAGAGAGCCAUCGAACCACCCGAGGUGAAACACGAGCGCCUCUUCAUUGUUUCCGUGCUGGGUUUCCUCGUCAACCUGGUCGGCAUCUUCGCAUUCCAACACGGGCAUUCCCACGGUGGUGAGGGUCAUGGGCAUUCCCACAGCCAUGGCCAUAGCCACGGGCACAGCCACAGCCAUGAACACAGCCACAACCAUGCGCACGGUGAUGCUCACUCGCAUGGAAAUGGGCAUGGGCAUUCGCAUGGAUUUGGUCUCGAGGCUGAGUGCGACAGCGACAAAGCUCCACCAGCUGCCAGGAGCCAAAUCAUGCAGGGUGUGUUCUUGCACAUCCUGGCAGACACCCUGGGCAGCGUGGGUGUCAUCGUGUCGGCCAUCCUGAUGAGCCAGUUUGGCUGGCUCGUGGCCGACCCUAUCUGUUCCAUGUUCAUCGCGACCCUCAUCGGCGUCAGUGUGCUGCCUCUUCUACGGGAUUCAAUCUAUGUACUGAUGCAGCGGACACCUAAGGAGCUCGACACAGCACUUCCAACUUGCUACCAGAGGGUGAUGCAACUGGAAGGCGUGUACAGCGUGCAGGAGCCCCACUUCUGGACAUUGUGCAGUGACGUCUACAUUGGCACCCUCAAGUUGGAAGUGGCCAAGGGUGCCGACGUGAGCUACCUGCUCAGCUGCACGCACAGCAUAUUCACGCAGGCCGGUGUCAAGCAGUUGUAUGUACAGAUUGACUACGCACCAAUGUGAUCUGAAUAUGCCACGAUGACCAGUGAAAGACGUCUUCCUUGUACAUUGACUGCCGAAUGGUUUAGCACCAAGAAUGGCCGAGGCAUUGUGGCUGGGACGAACGGCUCCACUGCAAGACAACCUUGCCGACUGAAAUAUUAUUACAAGCAUUCAAUACGAGCGUGACAAGUGGUUGUGAUGUGGAAUACCCCUGUGCACCUCACACAUCUCGGUUUCUUGGCAAUCAGUGAGGAUAGUUAGUUCUAAAGCUGUGCCUCUCUCUAUAGCCCUUUUAUAACCUUUUAUAAUAUACCUGGUUUUGUAAUUUCACUGCGCUUUCACUUUACCUGAUUACAUUAUUUUGCCCUCCCUUUUUUAUGUGCACAGUGGUUUCUGCAUGGUUGCAACGUGAGGCAAUCGGAGGUCUUUCUGAAAGUGCACCCAGUUUUGUUAGGAGCAUUUAUUUGUCAAAGGGCGCCAAAACAAAUGAUAGCAAACCUGUGAAAUCGUGUUGUUGGGCUCAGCCUUGAGCAAAAUGGUGGUGGCGUCACCCAAGGAGAAGAGUUCAAAAUAGGAAAGAGCGUCGCGACGCCCUGUUCUCUCCUGAGCAUUUUGCCUUGGGUCGGAUCGUAACCAUUUUGCUCAGGAUAGCAAAGCUGGCGGUUGGCUUCAUUUUGCGGCACCUACCGAACGUGGAGCAAAUUUUGUGCACGCGCAUCAUCUCAUUCUCUGCCAUUGCUGGUAAGCCCGACACACAGCUCUCACUGUUUGCCAAGUGGUAAAAGGCGCGCACUCGCUCAUUGUUUGCAGGCAGGCGUGCUUCUUCAAGUGUUGGAAAAAAGUGUUCCCAAUGCUUCCGGUGAUUGCACGUGCUUAAUAAUAAGACUUUGGUUCUCACGUCAGUCUGCAAGCAAACGGUGCGUCAUCACUGCCUCGUGGAGAAUGCACCCUUCCUCGUGUCGUAUCACUUGAUUACAUUCAAACGGCGGGUAUUGUACGUGCGGGAGGUGGUGAAGGGAUUUGGCGCAUUACCAUGGACUUUUCGGCCGUCAACUGCACCAUUGUCAUUGCAAUCGAUGUGUAUAUUCUGUUGUUGCGCAUUGUUUUCUGUAAACUUACUGCGAAUGUACAGCUCUUGACUGUGUGCGUGUGUGCGCUUACGAGAAGAGACGCUCGUGCUUACCAAACGGGGCCACUGGCUGUUGCAAGCCCGGUGAUGAUGAAUGGAAAGUGUAAAAAAGGAAGGAAUGAAACCUUGACUCAAAACCUA